CGUUCUCCCUCUGCGCUGCGGCCGCCGUCGAAGAGCACUCCCUGUAGACACAACUGGUCCUUCCCAUAGUACCGCCGCUGCUGUUGCAUCCGCCCGGAGCUAGUGCGCUGUCUUCCUUCCCUGCCACUGACAGGCGCCUUCAGGGAGCCGCCGUCAGCGAUGUCAAGCGAAGAAAGCUACCAGGCCAUCCUGCGCUACCUGACGAACGAGUGCGAGCCGUACGCGCCAGGCACCGAGGGCAAUGUCAAGCGUAAAAUCCGCAAGGCGGCCGCUUGCUACGUGGUGCGGGACGGGACCUUGUACUACCAGCGGCGGCAACGGCACCGCAAGACGUUCGCCGAGUUGGAGGUGGUGCUGCAGCCCGAGCGGCGCCGGGGGCUCAUCGAGGCUGCGCACCUGGGCCCGGGCGGCACUCACCACACCCAGCAUCAGACCUGGCACGACUUGUCCAAGACGUAUUGGUGGCGAGGUAUAUUAAAGCAAGUCAAAGAUUACAUUAAACAAUGUAGCAAAUGCCAGGAGAAACUAGAUCGCUCACGUCCUAUAUCAGAUGCUUCAGAAAUGCUGGAAGAGUUGGGACUAGAUCUUGAAUCUGGGGAAGAAAGUAAUGAAUCAGAGGAUGACCUGAGCAACUUUACUUCGCCUCCAACUACGGCUUCCAAGCCUGCGAAAAAGAAGCCAGUGUCCAAACAUGAACUUGUGUUUGUUGACACCAGAGGAGUGGUGAAACGUUCUUCUCCAAAACAUUGUCAGGCUGUCUUAAAACAGCUGAAUGAACAGAGGCUCUCUAACCAGUUCUGUGACGUUACUUUGUUAAUUGAAGGAGAAGAGUACAAAGCUCAUAAAUCUGUUCUGUCAGCUAAUAGUGAAUAUUUUCGAGAUCUUUUUAUUGAGAAAGGAGCUGUUUCCAGUCACGAGGCAGUGGUGGAUCUUUCUGGUUUUUGUAAGGCUAGUUUCCUUCCUUUACUGGAAUUUGCCUAUACUUCUGUGCUAAGUUUUGACUUCUGUAGCAUGGCUGAUGUAGCCAUCUUGGCUCGUCAUCUUUUUAUGUCAGAAGUUUUAGAAAUCUGUGAAAGUGUGCAUAAACUAAUGGAAGAGAAGCAGCUAACAGUGUAUAAGAAGGGUGAAGUACAAACAGUUGCAUCUACACAGGACUUACAAGAACAAAGUGGAGGUACAGCACCUCCCGUGGCUAACACAGGAACCACAACAACUUUAUCCACUGAACUUGGGGACUGUGAGAUCGUGCUACUGAUGAAUGGAGAAUUGCCAGAGCAGAAUGGAGAGCUAGGACAACAACCCGAGCCCCGCGUUUCUUCACAGGCUGAAGCCACCGCGUCGCCUGUGGGCUGUGUAACUGAUUCCCAACCUGAAAUGGAGUCUGUUGAUUUAGUAACAAAAAACAACCAGACAGAACUGGGAAAUUUAAACAGCAGAGAAGAUAGAACAGUUUCUAGUACUCAUCCUAAGCCUUCACAAGAGAAUGUUAUCAGUAGCUCUCCAGGAAACACUGAUACAGGAAAUAAUACAGCAGCUGAGGACAUCUGUGCUGAAGACAUUUCAGAGCAUAGGCAGGACCUUGACCCGUCCUCAAAAGAUGAGGAAAAUCUAGCUGAACCGACAGCACUGAUGGACCAUAGCCCCGACGAUGAUACUUACAGAAGCAGACUUCGGCAGCGUUCUGUUAAUGAAGGAGGAUAUAUCCGACUACACAAAGGAAUGGAGAAGAAGCUGCAGAAACGGAAAGCCAUUCCCAAGUCAGCAGUUCAGCAGGUGGCUCAGAAAUUAGUUCAAAGAGGAAAAAAGAUGAAACAGCCGAAAAGAGAUGCUCAGGAAAAUACAGAAGAAGAAGCAUCCCAUAAAUGUGGGGAAUGUGGAAUGGUUUUUCAGAGACGAUAUGCUCUUAUAAAGCACAUACUGAAACAUGAAAGAGCUAGAGACUACAAGUGUCCAUUGUGUAAGAAACAGUUUCAGUACAGUGCCUCCUUGCGAGCCCACCUUAUUCGACAUACCAGGAAAGAUGCACCUACUUCGUCCUCUUCCAGUUCCGCAUCGAAUGAGGCAUCAGGGUCAUCGUCUGAGAAGGGCAGAACCAAACGAGAAUUUAUAUGUUCCAUAUGUGGAAGGACAUUGCCUAAAUUAUAUUCUCUUCGAAUACAUAUGUUAAAGCACACAGGUGUAAAACCACAUGCAUGCCAGGUCUGUGGAAAGACUUUCAUCUACAAACACGGUCUAAAAUUACACCAGAGUCUCCAUCAGUCACAGAAGCAGUUCCAGUGUGAACUAUGUGUGAAGUCAUUUGUUACCAAAAGGAGUCUUCAAGAACAUAUGAGUAUUCACACAGGAGAGUCCAAGUACCUUUGCUCAGUUUGUGGAAAGUCUUUUCAUAGAGGCUCUGGGCUUAGCAAGCACCUAAAGAAACACCAACCAAAGCCUGAGGUUCGAGGCUAUCAUUGUACUCAAUGUGAGAAAAGUUUCUUUGAAGCUAGAGACCUUCGCCAACACAUGAACAAACAUCUUGGUGUGAAGCCAUUCCAGUGCCAAUUUUGUGAUAAGUGCUAUAGUUGGAAGAAAGACUGGUAUUCCCAUGUGAAAUCUCAUUCUGUCACUGAGCCGUACAGGUGUAAUGUAUGUGGCAAAGAAUUUUAUGAAAAAGCAUUGUUCAGAAGGCAUGUAAAGAAAGCUACCCAUGGAAAAAAAGGACGAGCAAAGCAAAACCUGGAACGGGUGUGUGAACAGUGUGGAAGAAAAUUCACUCAGCUGAGAGAGUAUAGAAGACACAUGAACAACCAUGGAGGAGUUAAGCCAUUUGAGUGCUUAACAUGUGGAGUUGCUUGGGCUGAUGCCCGAUCUCUGAAACGCCACGUCAGAACACAUACAGGUGAACGGCCUUAUGUCUGUCCUGUGUGUAGUGAAGCCUACAUAGAUGCUAGAACACUCCGUAAACAUAUGACUAAAUUCCACAGAGAUUAUGUGCCUUGCAAGAUCAUGCUGGAAAAAGAUACCCUUCAGUUUCAUAACCAGGGAACUCAAGUGGAGCAUGCUGUUAGCAUCUUAACAGCAGAUAUGCAGGAACAAGAAAACAGUGGUCCUCAAGAACUUGAAACUGUGGUAGUGACGGGAGAAACUAUGGAAGCUCUUGAAGCUGUUGCAGCGACUGAAGAAUGUCCAUCAGUAUCUACACUCUCUGACCAAAGUAUUAUGCAAGUGGUUAAUUAUGUGUUGGCACAGCAGCAAGGACAAAAGCUCUCUGAAGUCGCAGAAGCUAUUCAGACUGUUGAAGUAGAGGUGGCACAUAUUUCAGAAACAGAAUGA